AUUCAGCAGCGGUCCCUCCCCACACACAUCCGCGGCUGAGCGUUCCUGACCAAGCGCCGGGACGGGAGAGCGAUGAGGUAGUCUCGGACUUUUCCACGCUUGUCUACAGAAACGGAACAGUUUUCGGUCCCUCGAGCGGCUAAACGGGACAUGUUGUAACACGUGAGCUCGGGUCUGACAUUUCAUGCGUGUUUUACAAGACUGUGGAUCCCGGAGGAAAGUUUAAAUCCCGUGCGCUGUCCGGGGAAAGGUGAGCCGGGUGCGACUUCAACUCCCUCGUUAGUCUUGUGUGUUCACCUCAAUAUCGGGUGGUUUUGACAACGAACAUUUGCUCGAGGGUUUUUUUAUCUGCGCGUGCAAUUGUGUUGUUUGGUUACCCUGAACUGAGCUCUGUUUGGCAGCAUGUCUGGCAAGUGUGCCGCUGUGUAACCAGUUUGUCCAGCUCCGCGGGGGAGUUUCGACUGCUGCUUGGUUGACUUCAGGUACACCGUUGACAAAGUUUUCCGCGUCUUCCAAUCGAAAUAGCUUCACAAUAAUGGCUGGUCUGAGCAACGUCCACAUGAAAACCCUGGAGGACCUGACGCUGGACUCCGGCUAUGGGGCAGGGGACUCCUGCAAGUCCCUCAGCCUGUCCUCCUCCAAGUCGAACUCCCAGGCCUUCAUGACGGCCCCUCACCGGGGAAACUGGUGGUACUACUCCGGCUCCAUGAACAGCCGGAACAACAGCUGGGACACGGUCAACACCGUCCUCCCAGAAGACCCGGAGGACAUCUUCUCCAAGUGUCCCCGCUUGCCGGAGUUGGAAGAGUUCCCCUGGAACGAAGACGAGGUGGCCAAGAUACUUCGCAAAGUGUCCGGGAGCAUGAGCGUCAAAGGGGGCCCUGCACCUGCGUUCUCUCCGGAGGCCGUGAGGCGACUGUCCGCUCUCCUCCGCAGGGCUCUCAUCCGCAUCUCCAGAGAGGCUCAGCGGCUCAGCGUCAUGCACUGCCGCUGCACGCGCUUCGAGGUGCAGAGUGCCAUGCGGCUGGUGCUCAGCUGGGCUCUGGCCGACCACUGCGUCUCUGCUACGGUCAAGGCCAUCUCCAUGUACAGCAUGAGCGCCGGGGAGCUGCUGAGGAAGGGCAAGUCCGCCCGCUGCGGCCUCUCCUUCUCCGUGGGACGCUUCUUCCGCUGGAUGGUGGACACCCGCAUCUCCGUGCGCAUCCACGAGUAUGCGGCUAUAUGCCUGACCGCAUGCAUGGAAGCGCUGGUGGAGGAGAUAGGAGCCCGCGUGCUGAUGGCCGAGAGGGGUCAUUCGUGGCCGGAUUCGGGGUCAGCGGGCGCCUUAAUGAGCGUGGAGGCCCUCGAGGGGGUGGUGAACAAUGACGCGGAACUGUGGGGAGUCCUGCAGCUCUAUGAGCACCUGAUCUGUGGGAAGAACGCCAAUGGGGUUUUGUCUCUCCCGGCUCAUUUCAGUCCCUACACAGAGAACCAGCAGACGUCGGUGGACAGCAGGGAAGAUGCCUAUGCCCAGCUGGAGCUGAGGACGCUGGAGCAGUCCCUGCUGGCUACCUGUGUGGGCAGCAUUUCUGAACUCAGUGACUUGGUGUCACGUGCAAUGCACCACAUGCAGCGCCUGAGCUCAGUGCGCCCAGGAAUGAGUCCAGCACGCCACGCCCGUCCCCAGCAGCCCGUGUCCUGGUCGCCCGACGCCCUCCACACCCUUUACUACUUCCUGCGCUGCCCACAAAUGGAGUCCAUGGAGAAUCCCAACUUAGAUCCCCCACGCAUGGCCCUCAGCAAGGAGAGGCCGUUCCUGUUGCUGCCACCUCUGAUGGAGUGGAUGAGAGUGGCCAUAGUUCAUGCUGAGCAUCGCAAGAGUCUAUUGGUUGACAGUGAUGACGUCAGACAAACUGCGAGGCUACUCCUUCCAGGACUGGACUGUGAACCAAGACAGCUGAAGCCUGAAUGUUGCUUUAGCUCCUUCAAGCGUCUGGACUCCAAAGCCGCCACAGACAAGUUCCAGCUCGACUUGGGUUUUCGGAUGCUAAACUGUGGACGCACAGAUCUCAUUGGCCAAGCUAUUGAGUUUCUGGGGCCAGACGGGGUCAACAGCAUGGACGACCAGGGCAUGACCCCGCUGAUGUAUGCCUGCGCAGCUGGAGACGAGGCCUUAGUCCAGAUGUUGAUCGAUGCCGGGGCCAACCUUGACUUGGCGGUUCCACCAUGCUCCCCAAAGCACCCCUCUGUGCACCCCGACAGCCGACACUGGGCAGCCCUCACCUUCGCUGUGCUGCAUGGACACAUCUCCGUCGUGCAGCUCCUGUUGGAUGCAGGGGCCAACGUUGAGGGGGCCGCAGUUCGCAAUGGGCAGGAGAGCACGGCAGACACCCCAUUGCAGCUGGCUUCAGCAGCAGGAAACUAUGAGAUGGUUAGUUUGCUCCUGGCGCGAGGUGCAGACCCCUUAUCAAAGACCCACGAUGGAAAUGCCCUUACGUCAUCCCUCUAUGAAGACAUGAACUGCUUCAGUCAUGCUGCCGCACACGGACACAGAAACGUGCUGAGGAAGCUACUGACUCAGCCCCAGCAAGUCAAAGAGGAUGUCCUGUCCCUGGAGGAGAUCUUAGCUGAGGGGGUGGAGGGUGAGGAAGCCCGCAUCUGCCCUUUCCUCCCUCUCUCCCCCCUCCCCACCCCUUCAUCUGGCCCCGGGACCGUGCCAGAAGUGGGCAUAGCAAGGCUCUGCAAGGCCAGGAUGAAGGCUCUGCAGGAGGCCAGCUACUACAGUGCGGAGCAUGGCUACCUGGAUGUCACCAUGGAGCUACGAGCUAUGGGUGUUCCAUGGAAACUACAUGUGUGGCUGGAAUCUCUGCGCUGUGCCCAGCAGCAGUCCAGGGCAGGAGUCACCCUCUCCCUCUUCAGAGAGUUCACCACGAUCAAAGAAGAGGACUACUGCGAGGAGCUGGUCACCAUAGGGCUGCCCCUGAUGUUCAACAUCUUACGCACCACCAAGAGUGAGGCCAUUCUACAACAGUUGGCGACUAUUUUUAGUCACUGUUUUGGUCCCGCCCCUCUUCCAGCCAUCCCUGGGAUGAAGGCAACUCUUUCAGCACAGUUGGACCCUCAUUUCCUGAAUAACCAGGAGAUGUCAGAUGUGACGUUUGUGGUGGAGGGGAAGCCGUUCUAUGGCCACCGAGUCCUGCUGAUCACAGCUUCUGACAGAUUCAAGUCUCUGCUGGCAUGCUUUGGACCAGAUGGAAGCCCCAACAAGGAGAUUGAGAUCAGUGGCAUCAAGUACAACAUUUUCCAGAUGAUGAUGUCAUACCUGUACUGUGGAGGAACCGAGUCCCUGAAAACCAUUGUGCCUGAUUUGCUGGAGUUGUUGUCAGCUGCUAGUUUGUUCCACCUGGGGGUGCUACAAAGACACUGUGAACUCAUCUGCUCGCGGCUCAUCAAUCUGGAUAAUGCAGUCAAUAUCUACAAAACAGCCAAGGCCCACGGCUCAUUGGAGCUGAGCUCAUUCUGUGAAGGCUACUUCUUGCAGCAGAUGCCUGCUCUACUGGAGCGAGAGGCCUUCAGAAGCCUGCUGCUGGGACCCCCCGCGGCCCGACACGGGCACAACUCCACGUCUACGCUGCUUCACAGCCGGGGAGAAUCACCUCUCGAGGAGCUGGAGGCCACCCUGGCUCAACGUCUACUCUCUCUCUGCGUCACCUCCCGAGUCUGAGGAAAGAAGAAAUAAGAAUGUGGAAGUUGAAGUUUCAUCUUAUCACUGAUCAGAUGGUAAAGACGCUGUUUAAAUGGUUUGAGUGCAGAUGUUUUCUUAGUGACACUAGUGAUACUAUCUCUGGUGACAAGGAACUUCCACAGUGAUUUGACACUGGGACACCAUCAGUUAUUCUGAGCUCUGCUCUGUGGGCAAUUCAGCAUUUCAUAUUGUGUGCUCCAUCUUGAAUUUAUUGCAGUGUACAACGUGUUUAUGAAGAAGAACAUUGGACACUGUGAUGUUUUUUUCCCCAAGGCUCUGGAAGCUUAAAAGAGAAGCAACAGAUGAACGUAACAGGUGGGAACUCUGAAUUAUGAAACACUGCUGCCCUCUACUGGACAAAACUGGGAAAUUAAAGAUUUCUUUGGAGGAACCGGAUCACCCUCCUGGUUCUGACUGAAGGAUUGUGUAAAGUGACAAAUAGACUGAUUCAAGUGAGGCAGCCAUGCUGGACUUUUGCCUUUGUCCUGUUCAGACUAACAAUGCAGAGUGGGAGGGCAGAGGUAAACGUGGUGCCUCCAGCAUUGAUGUAAGCUUUGGAUUAACAAAUGUACUUUUUAUGUAUGUUUAUGUUUUUAUUUUCUAUUUUUCAAAAGUUAUUGUCGGUGAAACAGAACACUUACUAAAGAGUGGGAUGGACAUUUUCUAUUUAAUGAGAAAAAAAGAUGUGAGAGUAUUUAACGGGGUGUUCCCUUUUUUAUUUUGUUUUUAUUCCAAGCAAAUUAUUAAUAUUAUUGAUGAAAAGUUGCUUUUGUGUAGCUGUUGUUUUUCCAGGUACACUCUAACAGUUGAUUAAGCUCAUGUAUGCUGAGGUUUAAUGCUUCUAUACAGGUACAGCAGCAGAGUCCAACAUGGGAUUUGGAAUACUUUAAGUCUGUUUUAAUGCUGAAAAUUGUAAUAAACCUGGGAAACAA